CCUUUUUCACUCUCUCACGCUCGACUCUCGCAAAAACCCUCACCACUCUUUCUCUCGCCCUCCAUUUCUGAAACCCCAAGCGAGAGCGAGUAGCAGCAUCCGAACCAAGCAGGUAUGGGUCCGAACCUAGAGUGCCGUAUGUACGAGGCGAAGUACCCCGAGGUGGACAUGGCGGUGAUGAUUCAGGUGAAGAACAUCGCCGACAUGGGCGCGUACGUUUCACUCCUCGAGUACAACAACAUCGAGGGAAUGAUCCUCUUCUCUGAGCUCUCCCGGCGCCGGAUUCGGAGCGUCAGCAGCCUCAUCAAGGUCGGUCGCAUCGAACCCGUUAUGGUGCUUCGUGUCGAUAAGGACAAGGGUUACAUCGACCUUAGCAAGCGCCGUGUUUCUGAAGAGGAUAUUCAGGCCUGUGAGGAGAGGUAUAAUAAGAGCAAGCUUGUUCACUCUAUCAUGCGCCACGUUGCUGAGACCCUAAACAUUGAUUUGGAGGAGCUGUAUGUUCACAUUGGAUGGCCUUUAUACCGCAAAUAUGGUCAUGCUUUUGAGGCAUUCAAGAUAAUUGUGACGGAUCCUGAUUCAGUGCUAAAUGCCCUCACCCGUGAAAUCAAGGAAGCUGGCCCUGAUGGGCAAGAGGUGACAAAGGUUGUUCCAGCUGUCACAGAAGAAGUGAAGGAUUCUCUAGUAAAGAAUAUUAGAAGACGAAUGACUCCCCAGCCCCUGAAAAUUAGGGCAGAUAUUGAAAUGAAAUGUUUUCAAUUUGAUGGUGUUCUUCACAUCAAGGAGGCCAUGAGGAAGGCUGAAGCUGCUGGAAAUGAUGACUGCCCUGUAAAAAUUAAACUUGUUGCGCCCCCACUUUAUGUGCUUACCACUCAGACUCUCGACAAGGAGCAAGGGAUACAAGUCCUCAACAAUGCCAUUACUUCUUGCACCGAGUCAAUAGAGAAACACAAGGGUAAACUUGUGGUGAAGGAGGCACCUAGAGCGGUGAGCGAACGCGAUGAUAAAUUGCUUGCUGAGCACAUGGCAAAACUACGACAAGAUAAUGAAGAAGUCAGCGGCGAUGAGGACAGCGAAGAGGAAGAGGACACAGGAAUGGGCGACGUCGAUCUGGAUAACAACGGCACCGGAAUCACAGAGUGACACCAGACUGAAGGUAGAGUGUAAGGCAUAGAUAGCAAAAGAUGGCUUUACUAAUUUUUGUCUUUGAUUUGAUUCUUUUCAAACUGUUUUUAUAUGCGGUUGUAUCAUACAAACAUGAAAUAUUAUAUGUUGAGAGGUUUUGUAAUUUGCUAUAUUACUAUGGAGUCUCCGCAAAAGGGUGUUCAACCCAAACUACGGUGUUUUACAGUUACAUUAGAAAGUCCAUCAUCUCUCUUUUAAGACGUUUC